CCCAUCUCCAUGAAAUGCGUCCAAGCCAACUAGUUUUGACUCCAUUGCAAAGAUCAACAAACAAAGUAAAGAACUAUGGACUUUGGACAAUAAAGGAAGAGCAUGGAAGCUUUCUCAAAUCCGAGGAAGCCGCAUUCCGCCGCCCGCGAAGCGCCCGUCCCCAACCCAACGCCUAGUGAGGGGACCAUGGACCAUCCCGAAAGCCAAACCCAACCACCGUCCCUAACGACCCACGUGAAAGCCUCCCCUCGCCCGAAACCCUAACCCAAACCAUCGAUUCCCGAUGGAUCGAGCGCCAGAUCUCGAUCGAGCUCCUCCCAUGGCGGAAAAUCCGCGCCUUUUCCUCGUCCUUUCUCUCCUCUCUCUCCUCCCCAUCUCUUCCUCCCUCGCCGCCGCCGGCUGCCGGAGGAACACCACCCUCGCCGGCUUCGAGGCCGACCUCGUCAUGGUCCAGCACCAGCUCCGCGGCGUCGUCCGGGUGCUCGACGGCUGCUCCUUCUCAGUACUUGAGUUCGACAUGCUCGCCGGCUCCGGCCAAGUCCGGUGGUGGGGCGCCAACGGCGAUGACUUCCGCAACCUCACCCUGGGAUCCCCGAUCUCCGAGCAGACCCUUAACCGCACCUUCCGCAACGAAUCCUUCACCGUCCGCCUCUCCGACAACGCCACCUGGGACCAGAUCUCCGUCAUCGCGGUCUGGGACCCCGCCACGGCCUCCGACUUCGGCCACGUCGUCGUCGGACCCCCUGGCGCCGACCAGUCCGACGCCCCCGCCCCCAGCCCCGAUCUCUCCCCUGCCCCCUCGCCGUCGUCCAGGCGGAGCAAGCGACGGAUCCACCGCCAGCCCACGAUGUUCGACAACUGCCUCACCCUGUCUCCAAGGUAUCGCCUACGAUGGACGCUCUCCCCUGAAUCCAAUUCCAUUGAUUUAGGCUUAGAAGCUGCAGUUGGAUCAGAGUAUUAUAUGGCCUUUGGGUGGGCGGCGCCCGGGUUGCCGUCCCCUUCCAUGAUCCACGCCGAUGUGGCGGUGGCUUGGUUCACAGAAGAUGCCACUCCCUUCGCGGAGGACUACUUCAUUACUGAAUACAGUGAGUGCCUCCCAAGCAAGGACGGCAAGUUCAAGGGCGUGUGCCCGGAUACUGCGUAUGAAGGCUCAGACCCCACCGUGAUGGUGAACAACACCAAAUUGGUGUACGGGCACCGGAGGGAUGGGGUCUCCUUCAUCCGAUAUGUGCGUCCACUGGUGUCCGUGGACGAGAACUACGAUGUGCCGAUGAACAUGACCGGCAACAUGACAGUGAUAUGGGCAUUGGGUUUGAUGCGACCGCCCGACACCCUCCGCCCUCACUACCUCCCUCAGAACCAUGGCGGCCCUCGCCUCACGACCUACGGGUACUUUGACUUCGAUGUGUCGAUGAAGGUGAAUGAUUGCCUGGGGCCGCUGGAUGCAAAAGACAAGGAGGAUCAGGAUCUAAUCAUCGCCGAUGGGAAGACGCUGCUGGUUGUGUCUUCAGGGCCUGCAUUGCAUUACCCGAAUCCUCCCAGCCCGACAAAGGCUCUUUAUAUCAACAAGAAAGAAGCUCCCUUGCUGAGAGUUGAAAGGGGUGUGCCAGUGACAUUCUCGGUCCAAGCCGGGCAUUAUGUAGCACUCUACAUCACAUCUGAUUCUCUCGGAGGGAAUGCGACGUCGCGUAAUAUGACUGAAGUAAUUUAUGCAGGUGGACCAGAGGCUGAGGGAGUCCCAUCCAGCCCAACGGAAUUAGUGUGGUCUGUUGAUCGGAAUACGCCUGACCUAGUUUAUUACCAUUCCCUAUACGAGCAGAAAAUGGGCUGGAAAGUUCAAGUGGUCGAUGGUGGUCUCUCUGAUAUGUAUAACAAUAGUGUUCUCUUGGAUGAUCAACAAGUUUCCUUGUUCUGGACUUUGUCAGAUGGUUCAAUUUCAAUGGCUGCUCGGGGUGAGAAAAAAAGUGGAUACCUUGCAAUUGGGUUUGGAAGUGGAAUGAUAAAUAGCUUCGCAUAUGUAGGUUGGAUAGAUGAUGACGGCAAGGGCCAUGUGGACACCUAUUGGAUAGAUGGAAAGGAUGCCAUGAAUGUGCAUCCAACUUCCGAAAAUCUAACCUAUGUGAGAUGUAGAUCAGAAAAUGGCAUCAUAACAUUCGAGUUCACUCGUCCUUUAUCACCUUCAUGUAGUGGAAGGGUAGAGUGCAAGAAUAUUAUUGAUCCGACUACUCCUUUGAAAGUUGUUUGGGCCAUGGGCGCCCAAUGGUCAGCAGACCAUUUGAAUGAGAGGAACAUGCAUUCUGUCACAAGCAGUAGGCCUGUCAGGGUUCUGUUGUUACGAGGAUCAGCAGAGGCAGAGCAGGACUUGCGCCCUGUUUUAGCUGUUCAUGGAUUUAUGAUGUUUGUUGCUUGGGGUAUAUUGCUUCCAGGUGGAAUAUUAGCUGCAAGGUACUUGAAGCAUGUGAAAGGUGAUGGCUGGUACCAGUUGCAUGUCUACCUGCAGUAUUCCGGCAUAGCUAUUGUCUUACUUGGUGUUCUCUUCGCGGCUGCUGAACUCCGAGGUUUUUAUAUCAGUUCAGUACAUGUAAAAUUUGGUUUGACAGCUAUGAUAUUAGCAUGUGCCCAGCCAAUAAAUGCGUAUUUACGGCCUAAAAGAGCAGAGCAUGGAGAGGUUGCUUGUUCAAAGAGGAUUAUUUGGGAAUAUUUUCAUGUUAUCAUAGGGAGGUCUGCUAUUGUGGUUGGAAUUGCGGCACUCUUUAGUGGAAUGAAACAUUUGGGACAUAGAUAUGACAGUGAGAAUGUUGAAGGACUUACUUGGGCCCUAAUAUUAUGGGUUUUGGCUUGUGUACUUUUAGUUAUUUACUUAGAAUAUAUGCUUUUGAAGCAAAGGGAUAGGAGCUCUGUCAGAGGCAACUGGGUGUUGGGAAACAAUGAAGAAGAAGAUUCAGUCGAUCUGCUACAGCCUGACAGAGCUGUUACUAAACCAGAGUCCCAUCCAUCUGGAAUAAUGGAAUUGCAGCUUGAACCUCUUAGCAGAUAAGAAACAUUUUUUCUAUUUUAUUCCAACAUGACACAUUGUAUGCUUCAAUCCUUGAAUUUGUUAAUUAUAGAGGGAACUGGAGCCAUAUUGAUUGACUACCGCAGAGGAUCCUUGCAGUGCAAGGACUUUAUCUACUCACAGAACAUGGUGCUGGAUAUGAAAUAUUUUGCAACAUUUCUGGUGCACUGCUGCUGAAGUCUGCACCAGACAUAUGACUUGUAUAUGUACAGGAUUUUGGCACAGUAAGAAUAGAAACCUGUUUCGAUAACUGAUUCACAAUUUGUCUCAGCUCUUAUUACUUGGCCAGUGAAAAAUAUUCUUGAUUUUUGGGUGAUAUAAAUUGCCAUGCAUGGGAACAUAAAUUCAGACGAGCAGCUGUCAUUAUGUUGUUGUUGUCCUUGAUCAUUGCUUCAGGUUAUGCUCAUCUAUAUGAGAAGUGAUGGAAGGAAUUUGUUCUGUUAAACUGGCGAACUUAAGAUUUUUUUUUUUUUUUGAAAAAAAAAUGUUCAGCAAAGUUUUCUGCUAUUUGCACAUUUGCGAUUAGCAUUGUCUGGAUCAUAUCCCAAUACUUACUUCCUAGGGGCUAUUGUUUCCCUGGUUGAAAGACAAACUCUGUCUUAUGUUAGUACAAUUUUCUGAUCAAGUUUCUUUAUGUAGUGCUGAUCAUUUUAUA